GUCACGUGCCGGGGGCCACCACAACCCGCGCCCGCACGCCGUCGGAUCCCCCACCACGCCCGCCCCCCUCCGUCCCCAGCUUCCCCCCGCAGCGCGGCAGCAGCGGCCAUGGAUCUGCUCCCGCCGCCGACGGAGGCGCCGGCCGCCGGCGGCCCCGGCGCGGGGGGCUCCGGCCGGGGGCUGCGGCGCGGGGUUGGGUUCCGGUCGCUGAAGCUGGUCAGCGUCGCCAUGGACGAGCCACUGCCCGUCGACCCCGUCGGCGCAACCUUCGGCCGCCUCGCCAACGGCCUCACCUACUACGUCCGCUCCAACCCCAAGCCGCGCAUGCGCGCCGCGCUCUCGCUCGCCGUCAAGGUCGGGUCCGUGGUGGAGGAGGAGGACGAGCGCGGGGUGGCGCACAUCGUCGAGCACCUCGCCUUCAGCGCCACUUCCAGGUACACCAACCACGACAUCGUCAAGUUCCUCGAGAGCAUCGGGGCCGAGUUCGGUGCCUGCCAGAACGCGCUCACCUCAUCCGACGAGACCAUCUAUGAGCUGCUUGUGCCCGUCGACAAGCCAGGCCUGCUGUCUCAGGCCAUCUCUGUCCUCGCAGAGUUCAGCUCCGAGGUCCGGGUGUCGGCAGAGGAUUUGGAGAAAGAGAGGGGUGCUGUGCUGGAGGAGUACAGGGGCGGACGCAAUGCCACGGGCCGGAUGCAGGACUCCCACUGGGCACUGUUGUUUGAAGGUUCCAAGUAUGCAGAACGCCUGCCAAUUGGUACUGAGAAGGUGAUUCGAACUGUUCCACAUGAAACUGUGAAGCGAUUUUACCAGAAGUGGUACCAUCUAAGCAAUAUGGCUGUAUUUGCUGUGGGAGAUUUCCCAGAUACGCAGGCUGUUGUUGAGUUGAUAAAGGAGCAUUUUGGGCAGAAAGCUCCAGGCCCCCUCCCUCCACCAGUUAUACCAGAAUUUCCAGUUCCAUCGCAUGAGGAACCUCGCUUUUCAUGCUUUGUGGAAUCCGAAGCUGCAGGGUCGGCUGUUGUUAUUAGCUGCAAGAUGCCUGCUGGUGAAAUUAAAACAGUAAAGGAAUACAAGGAUUCACUGGCAGAGUCCAUGUUUCAUUGUGCACUAAACCAGAGGCUCUUCAAAAUAUCUCGUACAAAGGAUCCUCCAUACUUCUCUUGCUCCUCAGCUGCAGAUGCUCUCGUCCGUCCAGUGAAGGCUUAUAUUAUGACAUCCAGUUGUCGUGAAAGGGGAACAGUUGAAGCUCUUGAAUCCAUGCUUCUUGAGGUUGCUAGGAUACGUCUCCAUGGAUUUUCUGACCGUGAGAUAUCCAUUGUACGCGCCUUAAUGAUGUCAGAGAUGGAAUCUGCAUAUUUGGAGCGUGAUCAAAUGCAAUCGACCAGCUUACGGGAUGAGUUUUUGCAGCAUUUUCUUCGUGAGGAGCCCGUUGUUGGGAUUGAGUACGAAGCACAGUUACAGAAGACUCUUCUUCCCCAUAUUUCUUCUGCGGAAGUGGCAAAAUUCGCAGAAAAUUUUUCAACAGCCAGCAGUUGUGUUAUCAAGAUAGUUGAACCUCGAGCUCAUGCUUCUUUGGAGGAUCUGAAAGCAGUUGUAUUGAAAGUUAACAGUUUGGAAGAAGAAAAAUCUAUUCCUCCAUGGGAUGAGGAGCAAAUUCCAGAAGAAAUAGUUGCUGAAGCUCCAGAGCCAGGGAGUAUAAUUGGUAAGGUGGAGCACCCAGGGAUAGGUGCCACUGAGAUGAUACUUUCAAAUGGCAUGCGGAUUUGUUACAAGUAUACUGAUUUUCUUGAUGAUCAGGUUGUUUUUACUGGCUUUGCCUAUGGUGGUCUGUCAGAAUUAUCUGAAGCUGAGUAUACUUCAUGCUCAAUGGGUUCGACCAUAGCAGGAGAAAUUGGCACUUUUGGCUACAGGCCUUCUGUCUUGAUGGACAUGCUUGCUGGCAAGAGAGCUGAAGUUGGUACAAAAGUGGGGGCCUACAUGAGAACAUUUUCAGGAGAUUGCUCACCUUCAGACCUUGAAACAGCUUUGCAGCUCGUAUAUCAAAUAUUUACAACAAAUGUGGAGCCAAGGGAGGAAGAAGUAAAAAUAGUGAUGCAAAUGGCAGAGGAAGCAAUCUAUGCUCAAGAGCGGGAUCCGUACACUGCAUUUGCGAAUCGUGUUCGGGAAAUAAAUUACGGGAACUCAUACUUUUUUAAGCCAAUUAGAAUAAGUGACUUGAAGAAGGUGGAUCCAAUCAGAGCAUGUGAAUAUUUCAACAAUUGUUUCAAGGAUCCAUCAGCUUUUACAGUUGUAAUAGUUGGAAAAAUAGACCCAGCUAUAUCGCUUCCACUGAUUUUGCAGUAUUUGGGUGGGAUACCUAGGGUAGAGGAUGCUGCUCAACCACUUAGUCGAGAUGAUCUAAGAGGAUUGCCAUUCAAGUUUCCAGAAAGUAUCGUUAGAGAAGUUGUCCGCAGCCCUAUGGUUGAAGCACAGUGCUUCGUGCAAUUAGCAUUUCCUGUUGUUCUAAAAAACACAAUGAUGACAGAAGAUAUCCACUAUGUUGGGUUUCUUAGCAAACUUCUGGAAACAAAAAUCAUGCAAGUACUUCGCUUCAAAUAUGGACAGAUCUACUCGGUUAAUGUAGCUGUCUUUUUGGGUGGCAACAAGCCUUCAAGAACUGGAGAUGUUCGUGGAGAUAUAAGUGUGAAUUUCUCAUGUGAUCCAGAUAUAUCAUCCAAACUGGUUGAUUUUGUUCUGGAGGAGAUAUCAUACCUACAGGCUGAAGGUCCUUCUGAAGAAGAUGUAUUGACUAUCCUCGAAAUUGAACAAAGAGCUCAUGAAAAUGGAUUACAGGAGAAUUACUUCUGGUUGGAUCGAAUUCUGCGGAGCUAUCAAUCAAGGCUUUUUUCUGGAGAUAUCGGAUUCACCUUUGCGCUCCAAGAGGAGGGACGUAUGAAGGUUCGAGAGGCUUUGACACCGCAGACGAUGCAAUCGGCCUUGCGAAGAGUUCUACCUUUCCCUUGCCGAAACCAAUACACCGUGGUUAUCCUUAUGCCAAAGUCAUCCUGUUGGGCAUCAGUGAAGUCAAUGCUUAGCUGGAGCUCUAGUGGGGUUAGCAGAGAUGCUAAGAUUCUUGCUGGCAUUGCUGGCGCACUGGUGUUGACAGUUAGUUUGUGGAGAUACUCUCGCAGCACACUAAAAUCGUAGUGCCGGAUACAACUGACCGUUUUUUUAGAAUGAAGUCAGAUCCAAAUAUGGAUCGACAAUCAGGUUAGGAAAAGAUAUGCGAGCCUGUCGACCCGAUCUUUGUUUCUACCUGAGUCCUGAGCACGUAUCGGGUGUGUGGAGAUUUGGUAACAGAAGAGCUAGUAUACUACGACAGAUUGUCAGCUAACAGAUUCGUUGCCGCAUGUGUGCGUGUUGCAAGCAUGUAACCACAUUCAUGUGUACUCUGUAAUAGCCCUUGGUGCAUAAUAGUGGCUCUCCAAUUUGAUUUCUAUAUACAGGACUGAAGUAGCAGGAAGCAAUGCUAGAGCUGUGAAACCCAACGGUCUAGAUUGCAUACUGGUC